GCCGGGGGGAAAAGGUCAGAGGUACAUGCGGUACAUACCAGUAAGCGCAACCUUUGCAACCACUACUUUGCGCUCAGCAGCCGCGCCUUCGAGGUCUUCGAAAAGUGAGUGACGAACAUGGCGGACCCAUUGUCGCUUCUGCGUCAGUACAACAUAAACAAGAAAGAGAUCAUAGAAAGAGCAGAUGAAGUUAUAUUUGACGAGUUCUCAUUUCCAAGAACAGCAAAGACGAAUUAUGUCAUUUUCAAAUCCCAGCCGAAAGAAUACUAUACUUUGGAGUCACUGUUGUUCCUGCUGAAGAAUGUGCAUUUAUCACAUCCAAUUUAUGUCCAGCGUGCUGCGGGAACAAAAAUCCCAGUGGUGAGAUAUCCAGACAGAAAGGGAUUGCUUAGCUAUCUCAAUGGCGAGGCAGAUACUUCAAGUAGUAUUGACAAGAGUGUCCCACUGGAGAUGCCUAACCAGCGCUCAGCUGCUGCUCAAGCACAAGCAAAAAGACCUGGAGAUGACUCUGUAGGUGGCGAGUUUAAGAAGCCAAGAGUAGAGACUGAGCAGUUGCGGCUGGACAAGAAAAGGUUGGAGGCUCGACUUGAAGGACACAAGGAAGGAACUGUUACCACUGAACAGAUCAGAUCCUUGAGUGAUGCUAUGUCAGUUGAGAAGAUUGCAGCCAUCAAAGCCAAGCGUCUGGCAAAGAAAAGGACCACCAUUAAAGUGGAUGAUGACUUGGAAGCAGGAGUUUUGGAACAACGGUUUUUUGUGGAUGCGGAAGUUGAUGUGACCAGGGACAUAGUUAGUCGUGAACGCCCUUUACGCACAAGAACAUCUGUCUUGCAAAGUUCUGGCAAGCAAUUCUUGAAGAAUGUGUUGGCCAUUCUUCAGUCUGUGAAGGCACAGGAGGAAGGAAAGGUCAAACAGUUACAGAAUCAGGAUCCGUUUGCUACCCCUGAGAUCAGAAAGAAACCAGCAACUCCAGUUCCAUACAACAGAUAUGAUCAGGAAAGAUUUAGAGGAAAAGAAGAAACUGAGGGCUUUAAAAUUGACACAAUGGGAACAUAUCAUGGUCUCAGUUUGGAAUCUGUGAAGGAGGGUGUCCAGAAACCAGCAAAGAGAGUGUUACCCAGUCCUUCCCCUCAUACACAGCCAAACAAGUCGCCUAGGCCUGUCCCUCAAAAGCCUGCUAAAAGAGAAUCACGUACUCCCAUCAUCAUUAUACCUGCUGGUGCAACAUCGCUCAUAACACUUUACAAUGCUCAGGAUCUUCUCCAAGAUUUCAAAUUCAUCAGUUCUGACGAGAAAAAGGCCCAAGGCGCCAGGCGUGAAAACGAGGUGCUUAUUCAGCGAAGGAAAGAAAUCACUCAGGCCCAGGCUGCACCGGGAGCAACACCAACCACAGUCACUGUACCUUACAGAGUGAUUGACAACCCGGCCCGCCUUCAACCCAAUGACUGGAAUCGUGUGGUAGCAGUGUUUGUUCAAGGCCCUGCCUGGCAGUUCAAAGGUUGGCCUUACAGCUCUCCCGUUGACAUUUUCAUCAAAACGAAGGGCUUUUAUCUGAAGUACGACGAGAUGAAGACAGACCCUAACGUUCAGAAGUGGGACGUUCAAGUUUUAACUAUCAGUCGAAAUAAAAGACAUCUGGAUAAAGCUUCCAUCAUCAGAUUCUGGGAAAUUCUUGACAAAUUUAUGACCAAGAACAAGCCACACUUGCGCUUCUAAACUUGAAGAUAUCUUUACAGUUUAAGCUACUGGACUGUUUACGCACUCCGAUUCAGAACAUUCUUAUCUCGUCUGCAGUGAACAGCGUCUAAUCUCCAUUGGGUCCGUGGAAGUUACAAAGACAAAGAAUUUUCUAAAAAUUUCCACUUGGAAUAAUUGAAAAAAUGAACGCUACUAAGGGAAAAUACUGAUUAUGAGCUUUCAUUUGAAUGGCUGCAUUUUUGCGGGCCUCAACGCGACUCCUCAGUUGAAGUAACUUUACGUUGCUUUAGUACAUCAAAGAAACUGCGGAUUCAUCGGUUCCUUUAAGGCACCAUGAUCGAGGGUCGUAGGCAUUGAUCCUGAUCCUGACCAUCCCACAGGAACGCGCCUUCUGCGUUUUACUCUAAUGGAAAAGGGUUAAAAUUCAUUACUAUCUAUAGGCAGCCUACAUUAGGUACUUUUCACUGACAUGACUUUCAAAAGUAAUACAUAUUUGUACAUUAAUACGUCCACUUGCGUCUUAGCUUCCGCAUGAGAGCCUGUUACGUGAUUAGUCUCUCGUUAGUAGGCAUAUUUUGAAACAGUAAAAUUCUACCUCGAGAGGACGAAGGACGAAAAUAAGCGAAAUUGAAGCAAGAGUUGGAAGAGUGUCUCUAAGCUUCUCUAAGUCGCUAAGCUUCGCCAUCGAGUAAUAUUUUCUUUGAAUAUAAAAUGCGCCUAGAGAAGUAUUGUUUAUCCCUUUUGAGUAACACUUGAUUUGCGAAAAUCCUUUUUUUUUCUGCCACGUGGUGGAAAUCUUUAAAAGGAACCUCCGCUCUAUUUAUAUUUUAAAUUCCUGGAAACCUUCAUUUACUCAUUGAAGAACGCAAUCGUCUUAACCUUGGUCCGAAAAUUACAGCGGACAACAGUUGAAAGACGGCAACACUUGUUGGCGUUACACGUACUCUAGUUUACAAAUACAAUGAGAUACGCGUUGUAAUUGCAUUUGCCUGAAAUCCAAUUCAAGUAGCUGUCCAAUUCAUUUUAAAUUGCACAACACAUUUAUUCGGGCAAAGUUGGACGUUUUAUAGAUGAAUACGAAUAUUGGGUAACUGAUAAACACUAGGACAUUUGUGACCCAGCUGUAGUUAGUGACUGUUUAGCCACGAAGUUACCUCGUUAUGAAAAACGUUGGUAGUGAUCCAUAGCUCAGAGACCAUUAGCGAGGUGUACAAAUUGAAUAACGUUAAAUGGAUAAAUGAGUUAAAGAGCCCUUGUCGUGAGUUAUGUAACUACGAACAGAUAUUUCAGCUUCGCGCGAAUGUCAAGUGCGAACUUAGCCCUGGUGACCAGAGAGAGAGAGAGAGUGCGAGGGAAUAACAUGGUGUCAUCAUUUGGCUUCGACUUCCAGAGUUAUCAGUUUUCAUUUUUCCUGCAAUAUUAAUUUUUUAAACCACAAUGGCUUUUAGAAAUAAUAGCCCUACAAAGAAGAAGAAAACGAACUCUAGAAGGCCUCUGGUAUUUGAAGUCAAAUAACAUCAUGAAAAUUGUCUAUUUGCCAUGACCAAGUCUGUGAUGUUUAUUUCCUGGGACGACAUGCGCUAGAGGCGAUUGUUAUGGUAGCGUCUGAGAGGUAGUAUUGACUAGUUCCCUUGGAAAGUUUCGGGUGAACAGUAUUUCUUGAUAGCAACAUUGUAAAUAUUCAGUUAAACCUAAGUAUGUGUACUCUACAAACAGAAUAAACAUUUUUGCUACCA